AUGCGGUCGACAGUCUCUUCUGCGGCGGCGCUGCUGUCGCUGCUUCAGCUCGUCUCCCCCGUCCAUGGCACGACACUAAUUGAUCGCAUCACCAACUGCCUCGACAGGCACGACGGGUCAAAUGGUGAAUCCCACUUUAGCAAGAACGUCUACAAGACGGGCUUCGACGGCGUAACGUGGGACGAGGACAACUGGCUCCUCAGCACGACGCAGCUCAAGCAGGGCGCCUUCGAGGCCCGCGGCUCCGUGGCCAACGGCUACCUGGGCAUCAACGUGGCCAGCGCGGGGCCCUUCUUCGAGCUCGACACCGAGGAGGAUGGCGAUGUCAUCAGCGGCUGGCCCCUGUUCUCGAGGCGGCAGUCGUUUGCGACCAUUGCCGGCUUCUGGGACGCGCAGCCCGAGAUGAACGGCACCAACUUCCCGUGGAUCUCGCAGUACGGCUCGGACACGGCCAUCAGCGGCAUCCCGCACUGGAGCGGCCUCAUCCUGGACCUCGGGGGCGACACGUACCUCGAUGCCACGGUCAGCAACAAGACCAUCUCCAACUUCCGGUCGACCUACGACUACAAGGCCGGCGUCCUGAGCUGGUCGUACAAGUGGACGCCCAAGGGCAACAGGGGCUCCUUUGACAUCUCGUACCGCCUCUUCGCCAACAAGCUGCACGUCAACCAGGCCGUGGUCGACAUGCAAGUCACCGCGUCCAAGAACGUCCAGGCUUCGAUUGUCAACGUGCUCGAUGGCUUUGCUGCUGUGCGCACCGACUUUGUCGAGUCCGGCGAGGACGGCAGUGCCAUCUUCGCGGCGGUGCGGCCCAAUGGCGUUGCCAACGUCACGGCCUACGUCUAUGCUGAUAUCACCGGCUCUGGAGGCGUCAACCUGUCGAGCCGCAAGAUUGUCCACAACAAGCCAUAUGUACAUGCCAACGCAUCGUCCAUUGCACAGGCUGUCCCCGUCAAGUUCUCAGCCGGACGUACUGUGCGAGUGACCAAGUUCGUGGGAGCUGCCUCCUCUGAUGCCUUCCAGAACCCCAAGCAGGUCGCCAAGAAGGCAGCCGCUGCAGGCCUCAGCAAUGGGUAUGCCAAGUCUCUCAAAGCACACGUAGAGGAAUGGGCUACCGUUAUGCCGGAGAGCUCCGUCGACAGCUUCGCCGACCCCCAUACGGGCAAGCUCCCUGCCGACAGCUACAUCAUCGACUCUGCCAUCAUCGCAGUCACCAACGCCUACUAUCUGCUGCAGAACACGGUGGGCAAGAAUGGCAUCAAGGCCGUCGACGGGGCUCCCGUCAACGUGGACAGCAUCUCCGUCGGCGGACUGACCUCGGACUCGUAUGCCGGACAGAUCUUCUGGGACGCCGACCUCUGGAUGCAGCCCGGCCUGGUGGCAGCCCACCCGGAAGCCGCCGAGCGGAUCACAAACUACCGCCUGGCACGAUACGGCCAGGCCAAGGAGAACGUCAAGACGGCCUAUGCGGGCUCCAAGAACGAGACCUUCUUCUCGGCUUCCGCGGCCGUGUUCCCGUGGACCAGCGGCCGUUAUGGAAACUGCACGGCUACCGGCCCGUGCUGGGACUACGAGUACCAUCUGAACGGAGACAUUGGCAUCUCGUUUGUCAACCAGUGGGUGACAAACGGUGACACCGAAGACUUUGAGAAGAACCUCUUCCCAGUGUACGACUCGAUUGCGCAGCUGUACGGCAACCUGCUGCAGCCGAACAAGACGUCGUGGACACUGACCAACAUGACCGAUCCUGAUGAAUAUGCGAACCACGUCGACGCCGGUGGCUACACCAUGCCGCUCAUCGCAGAGACGCUCCAAAAGGCCAACAGCUUCCGCAAGCAGUUUGGCAUUGAGCAGAACAAGACGUGGGACGACAUGGCGUCCAACGCUCUGGUUCUUCGCGAGAACGGAGUGACGCUCGAAUUCACCGCCAUGAACGGGACCGCCGUGGUCAAGCAGGCCGAUGUGAUUAUGCUCACUUACCCCCUGAGCUACGGCACCAACUACAGCGCGCUGGAUGCCCUCAACGACCUCGACUACUAUGCCAACAAGCAGUCACCCGACGGACCGGCCAUGACAUAUGCCUUCUUCUCCAUCGUCGCCAACGAAAUCUCGCCCUCCGGCUGCUCCGCAUACACGUACGCGCAAAACGCGUUCAAGCCCUACGCCCGCGCCCCCUUCUACCAGAUCUCCGAGCAGCUCAUCGACGACGCCAGCGUCAACGGCGGCACGCACCCUGCCUACCCGUUCCUCACCGGCCACGGCGGCGCCCAUCAAGUCGUCCUCUUUGGCUACCUCGGCCUCCGGCUGGUGCCGGACGACGUCAUCCACAUCGAGCCCAACCUGCCUCCCCAGAUCCCGUAUCUGAGAUACAGGACGUUUUACUGGCGCGGCUGGCCCAUCUCGGCCUGGUCCAACUACACCCACACGACGCUCAGCCGCGCCGUCGGUGUUGCUGCGCUUGACGGAGCGGACAAGCGCUUUGCCAACAAGUCCAUCACCAUCCACGCCGGCCCCGAACAGGACCCAACGGCGUAUACUCUGCCCGUCAAGGGCUCCGUCGUCGUCCCGAACAAGCAGAUCGGCUCGCAGCAGACGUACGCCGGCAACCUGGUGCAGUGCCACGCCGCCAGCUCUCCCGACGACUACGUGCCCGGUCAGUUCCCCAUUGCGGCCGUGGACGGCGCGACGUCGACCAAGUGGCAGCCCGCCUCCGCCGACAAGGUCAGCUCCAUCACCGUGUCGCUGGACAAGGAGGACGUGGGAUCUCUGGUGUCCGGCUUCCACUUCGACUGGGCCCAGUCCCCUCCCGUCAACGCCACCGUCAUCUUCCACAACGAGGCCCUGAGCGAUCCCGCCACGGUGCUCGGCUCGCACGGGCACAGCUCCUCCAAGUACACGACCGUCACCUCGCUGACGAACAUCGAGCUGUCCGACCCUUACGUCUCGACCAAGGACCUCAACGCCAUCGCCAUCCCCAUCGGCAACACGACAAACGUCACCCUCUCGCACCCCGUGGCCGCAUCCCGAUACGCGUCGCUCCUCAUUGUCGGAAACCAGGGCCUUGACCCCGUGGAUGUCAAGGCGAAGAACGGCACCGGCGCCACGGUGGCCGAAUGGGCCAUCUUUGGCCAUGGCAAGGAGCAUUCCGGCAAGCCUGGUGCUCACAGCAGGAGAAGGCUGAAUGUCCGGACUGCGGCCACUUUGGCUGAUCCGAGGAGCUUUAUGCGUCGGCGUUUGUAA